AUUCUUGGGGAGUGAAGCAGUGAGACAGAGGAGAGUGCAGAGAGCAGUCAGAGCCAGAGACAGAGUCACUUUAGUUAUCCAUUGUAACUUCUCUUUAAAAAACUUUUUCUUCUCGCAAAGGAGAAUGUCGGUGUUUGCGCACACACUGUUCAGCUUGCUUGUGGUGCUGUGCAGCUUCAGACUCAAUGAUGUGGCUGAGGCUUGCUCCUGUGCCUUGUCACAUCCCCAGGAUGCCUACUGCAAUUCCGACAUAGUGAUCAGAGCCAAGGUGGUUGGGAAGAAGCUGCUGAAGGACGGCCCAUUUGGAACAAUGCGCUACACUGUCAAACAGAUGAAAAUGUACAAGGGGUUUAAUAAGAUGCAGCAUGUUCAGCACAUCUACACCGACGCGUCUGAGAGCCUGUGCGGCGUGAAAUUCGAGGUGAACAAGUACCAGUACCUCAUCACAGGCAGAGUGUUCGAUGGGAAGGUGUACACUGGGCUGUGCAACUUCAAUGAGAAGUGGGAGAGGCUGACACUGUCUCAGAGGAAAGGCCUGAACCACCGCUACCAGCUGGGCUGCAACUGCAGGAUUAAACCCUGCCAUUACCUGCCCUGCUUCGUGACCUCCAAGAAUGAGUGCUUAUGGACGGAUAUGCUGUCAUACAUUGGUUACCCUGGGCACCAGUCCAGGCACUAUGCUUGUAUCCAGCAGAAAGAGGGGUACUGCAGCUGGUACAGAGGAUGGGCACCCCCCGACAAAACCAUCAUCAACACCACUGACCCCUGAGUGACCCCCAACGCACACACAGACGGGGAGGGGGGUGGGGGUGGGACAAGGGAGCGGGGUCGAUGGGACUCUUACUCCAGUGUGACAAUGCAGUGACACAUUUUGGUGCCUGUUGUUUCCUUGCAGAAUUAGCACUUCAAUUAUAUCUCUGCCAUGCUGUAAUUAUUUUAUUUUCGUCAGAUUUUAUAUUUGCUCUGCAACAGUGGUCUUCAACCUCCUUUUUGUUUGGUUUAAUUCACGCGAGAACAUUUUAUUCUAAAACAAUCAAAAGCAAUAUUCAAAAAGUUUAUUAAAAAAUAAAAGAAACAUUUUUGGCUGAUUACUCUGAUAAUGGUAUCAGCCAAAAUGUUAGUCUACUUUAUUUUAGUGUUUACCUUUUUGAUAUCUGAAGCUGGUCUUAACUUUUUUUUUUGGAUAACAUCAUUAACAAUUUGGAUGGUUAAAUGUAUGUUCAUACUGAUCUGAUAAACCUCACUAUGAUUUUUUUUGCAAGAAACAAAGUGUUUGUCAACUUUAAAGUACAACCCUUAUAAAAGUUUCCCCAUGUAAAAGCAUAGUGAAAGCAUGGUAAAGCAUAUGAUAAACAAUAUUAAUAAACAUGGCACACCAGGGUAAACUAAGGUAAAUGCAUUGUAUAAUCAGAAUGGUUAAACUGCAAAAAUAUUGUGGUAAACCUUUAUAAGGGACUAGACAAUGCCUUGAACCUGUUUUUACAAAGGUUGAAGUCCACUGUUUCACAUCACCCAUUUGUGUCAGACAAAAAAAAGAAAAAAAAAGCUAUUUAAGAAGUUAUUGAACAAUGAUGUUAUCUGCAGUUUAUAGAGAUUUUGUUUUAUAUAUAUUUUAUUAAAUAACUGUAUCUGGUAAUGCAUUUCUAUUUAUUACUGUUCCCCUUUAUUUUCUGUACCAUGCACAAUGUGUGCUGGACAGCUCCUUUUUAGAAUAGUUGUUAAAACAAAAUGUAUUUUGAACUGAACUGAACUGACAAGCAAAAACUAGCCUUCAAUGUAACACCCCAGCAAAGCAUCUUAUAGGUUAGAAAUAGGUAUCAAGCCUGGUUUAUUGUGUGUGUGUGUGUGAGAGUAUAUAUAUAUAUAUAUAUAUAUAUAUAUAUAUAUAUAUAUAUAUAUAUAUAUAUAUAUAUAUAUAUAUAUAAUGACAUAAGCUAAGUACAACAGGGCAUGAAAUAAAUUAAUCAACCUCUAUUCCCUCAUUUGAUUUUCUUUCAGUAAAAAGCAACUUUGCUACGCGUAUCACAAUAUGACAGCUUAUUAGAAAGCUGUAACAAAACUCAUGACAAUAUUCACAAUUUUUUUUUUAAUUAAGAAAAAAAAGUAACAUGAUUAACACGCAAGUUACACAUUUGUAAAUGUCCAAAAAAGCUAAGCCCACACAGAUUUCUCCUUUUCCUUUUUACUAAUUAUAUAUGGUACUUGAUUUUACUUCAUGCCUUGGGUACUACAGAAAUGACAUUUUGAAUGCUUUAGACUGUCAACUGGUGGAUUUUGAUAAAAUAAAACUCAAAAUAGUUUUUAGCAUUAAAUGAUUCUGACAAAAUGGGUGCAAAUAAUAUAUUGUCACUUACCACAUUUUUUUAUUUUUUAUUUGUAUUUGUUUUGCCUCUGUAUAUUUUUUUGGGCAUCUAAUAUAAUCUUGAGUUCAUUCCUUUUGAAACAGAGUUGCCACAGUACGGGAAAAAGCAAUAGGCAACAUUGAUUAAAUUAAAAAAAAAAACACAAAAAAACGAACUAACUGAAAGCUCCUCCACAAAUACUACAGAGAUCACAGGGUCGACUGCCAUGAUCUUAACCCUUAUUAGCAUUUCAGAAUGUAAGAAAAGCACAGGCGAUGUAUAGACCUGCCUUGGUUUAGAUCAUUGGAACAAUGUGACCAUCCGAACCCCAAAGACCAGGCUGACUGGCUUACAAAUUAAAAGAGAACUAGUCUGGGUUGUAUUUGACAGAGCUAGACAGAGCGACUUUUCUAAUGAGUGCACUUGCAUACAUUUCCAUCACAGAUCUUUCUAUAGUCUUUGAAACAUUUUGUGAUGAAGACUCACAAACGCUGCUCUGCAUUAACAAAGCAAUAUUACAGAACAUGUUGGAAGUGAGCUCUUGCAUUGGCCUGCCAGGGCAGUAGGUAAGCAGUCUAAAGCAUAGACAGGUAUGGUAAAGCAUAGUAACAAAACAUUGCAAACCAAGGUAAAGUAUGAUAAAUGCAUAUUAUAACCAUGGGAAAUCUGCAGAAUUAUCGUGCAAAUUUACUGGGGUAAAAAGAAAGAAAUGUGUGAUUGUCUUUUAAUCUCUUUGUUUUAUAUUUUUAUAAUAAAGAUACAAUUUUUAAAAAAAUUCUAGAACUUUACAAAGUGUGGUGUGCAGCUGUUGUACAGAGUGAUUGUUUAUAAGCUUUGUAGAAAUCAGGCUGGCAAAAAAGGUGCUGCUUUUACACAUCAUUUUAAGAACCGAGGAACUGAAUUAUCAGCAGCACAGUACAGUAUGUAUGUGUGGAAAGCAUCCCAUUAUAUAAUGAGCAUCAAAAGAAACCUAUCACUUAUAUUUGAGCAUCAAAAUACACAUAUCACUUAUAUUUGAGCAUCAAAAGAAACAUAUCACUUAUAUUUGGAUAGAAUUCACUAGAUGAAAUUGCUGGCUGUGAGCACCCAAGAUGGUGAGCCACAGUAUGCUGCCCUAGUCCAGCCUCCAACAUGUCGAUUGCACGAAGGCGCUGCUCUCUUGACAGACGUGGCAUAUUGUUUUUUUUUGUGAUUUUCUUUAUUGCUUUUAUUCAAGCUUGCAAUUCAACAGCUGAAAUCACUCCAUACCCAGUGUACAAUCAACUGUCUCACUAAUUAAGUGAUUAAGUGCAUGUGCUUCAGUCAUACAUGUCUAUGCUCGGUAUAUAAUUAAAUCCAACACAAAGUGUUGCACAAACAGAUUCCAGGCUGCAUUGUUUUUCUUGUCCUAAAGUAACAUGCAGAGGCAAUAGAAUGUCCACACAGUUGUAUCGAUUAUCUGAAAAUCAGCUGCAGUCUCACUGCAUCCUGCAUGGUUCAUGUAUAGAAGAAUAAGUUACAAUCCGAAAUAUCUACAGAUUGAUUGUAGUUGAGUGAUAAAGUUCCUGAAAGGACUCCAUCAAAAAUGAAGUGUUUUACAGAUACAUUUGCCUUGUUUCAAUCAAUGUUAUCACAGGAGUCUGACUUCAAUCAAAGCGUAUGGCGCUGCCAUAGCUAUACCUAAUGACUGUUAUGGCGAUGCCGUCAUUUUGAUUUAAUCCAGAUUAGGUUGUGUAGAGGUUACUAUCACUCAUUUAAAUGAAGCAUCUUCAUAGACACCCCUGUGAGAGUCACUUGGUUUACUUGUAAACGGCUGCUACCCACUACUCCCUGUGGCUCUUAUUAGUUUCUACUAGCACUGACCAUGUAUUAUGAGAAUGUAUCCGAUGCUAAACUGGCAGCACUGUUUAAAGUUUCUUCCACGUCAUUUAUGAAUUUUUAUUCUGUAGAUGUAUUUUGUCUUUGAGGUAACAAUUUCUACACUUUUUACAGUGUCUUUAUUCUGAACAAUAAAGUUCUCAUCACAAAAUUAA